GCAGCUCCUCCUGCAGCUCCUCCUGUAGCGCCUCCUGCAGCUCCUCCUGCAGCUCCUCCUGCAGCGCCUCCUGCGACCAUGGAUAGCACCCCACGGAGGUGGAAUCUGAAGCCUCUGUCACCCCUGCUGCAACCCUCAGACCUGCGGACCAUUGCCGGCCCCGCCCGAGGUGACGCCCCUGACCUGGACAGUCCAGUCUUCAGCUCAGACAACAUCUCCGUCACUAGUGACCAUUGUGUGGUCUGCGCUUCCCAGCAGGACGAUGGGUCCCCGGACAGAGGGAGCAUCAGUGACGAGUGGCAACCCAGCAGCCCCAGCAGCCCCAGCAGUAGUUCAGGCUCUCACUGUGGAUUCUACUCCUUUGUGGAGGAUCCAUCGAGUCAAGAAGCAGAGCUCAACGAAGCCUGGAUGGUUUCACCACAGCGGCAGGCUCAGCUGCUCACCUUGAGGGUAAAACAAGGAUUCAAACUACAGACCUACACCAGCAGCAGGAAGCCAGAGAGCCUAUUCUCAGAGAGCAAAGAAGACUCACAGUACAAAGUGGAUCCAGAGAAUGUCAUCCAAGUGGUGGGGGAGGAAGAGGAGAAGCAGCUCCGCAAGGAGAUCAUUCACAACCAAGCACUGAAGAAGAGCCCAAUGUUCAAAGAUCCGCUGCCUGUUCUGGAGAAUCUGGAUCUGAGCAGAUCCACAAACCAACUGAUAGAUGGUUUCAGUUUGAGCUACAGUCCUGUGAGCUCCAGGCCAGAACCUCCUAAACCAGCUGAAUCUGAGGCGGUCAACAAGGAGCAGAUCAACUUCAGUGCUGUGCGACAACAGUUCCUGAAGAUGGAGCAGGACCUGUUGAAUCCCGUCCUCAACCCUCGAAAGUCCUCAGCAAUACACCUGAGUCCAUCUUUUCAGCAAGAUCCGGAUGUGUUCCUGUCUAGACAGGUGGAGACAUUCGACAGUGUGGAGGUGAGUGAUGAUACAGAUCAGUUCAAGCCGUCAGAAGAAGAUAAGACCUACCCAGAGAGGAAGGUGACAGGGUGCCAGAUUGAAGAAAGUCGGAGGAGGAAGAGCAGUGAGUUUGAUGACUUGGCCUCUGGCCUGGAGGAGCUGUUGCUGGAGGUGGGCGGCGGAUACACCAGUGAUGAAGGUGUGUUCAAUGACAACACUCAGCAUGAAAACAUCGGCUGCAAGUCCACAGCUGAGUCUGAGACUCCAAUUGAAAGGGAAAUCCGAUUAGUUCAGGAACGCGAGGAGAACCUGAGGCAUUCUCGUGGCCUGAAGCACGCGGACAGUAAGAAAGAGGUCGUCCAAAUCAAAACCAAACGUUUACAGUCAUCGCAAACGAUCAAAGUUAAAGAAAAGACUUGUAUGAGCUUCAUUGUUCAGCGAGACAUUCAGAAGGAGAUCGAGACUAGUGAGGAAACUCAGCAGCAGGGAGGGAUCCUGGGACAACACCACCUAGAUGUUCCACAGCAGCUGGAGGAGGUAAAGUGCAACAUUGACCAACAAGACACGGACAGGAAGGAUGAGGAAAGACCUGCGUCUGUGUCUGGAGAGACAGAUGUCUUCUUGUCUCCCUGCUGUCCUCAUAGACACCCUGAAAAAACCCAGUUGUCCAUCACUCAAGAUAAUUCAGCUUUCACCUCCUUCACUGUGAGGGACUUGAAUGUCCAGGGGUCAAGACAUUUGGACCAGGAUCCAGUUACUCCAUCAGACCCCUCCUUGCCCUCCUCCCCAGCACUGACACCUCAGCAUAAACUAACCUGGCCCACGCCUCAAUCUUGGAAGGAAAACCUGGAGUUCACUGGCCUGCAGUCUAGAGGACAAGGAGCUCCAGAUUUCAUUGAGAUGGAGAUCGAGGAGAGCCUGAGACGGGAACAGGAGUUGAGGGAGUCCAGGGAGAAAACCAAUCAUCAGCUCUUCUCUCCAAGUCCGGGGCUGGAACAACCAACCAAGAUGGCUGUCAGUCAGUUGCACCCUUCUGCAAAUACAGAUAAACUCGUCAGUCUGUGCUCUUCCUCACCUUGUCCCCCUGUCCGUCUUUCAUCGAUCUCCUUUAUCACUGCCCAGCCCUGGACCUCCUCGCCCCCCACUCCCCGCUCCUCCCCCUCCUCCCCUGUGGUGGCCCCAUCGGGACCCCUUCCUCUCAGGGGCCUCACACAGACCCUACUGCAGAACUUUGAGGAGAGACGAGUUAAGCUGAAGCUGGAGGAGAGCUCGUACGCAGGAAUCCAGCCGACUGACGACGUGAACAAUGAGGUCGUUGAGUCGACUCGUGUCAUUCUACAUAAAAACCAGCGAGCCAUGCGAUGGGAGGCCGGAGUCUUCACCAACCAGAAGGACCAGCAGGACUAGAUCCAGGAACAGGAUCUGAAGUGGGACUUUCAAAUGUUUUAAAACUGUAGCUGUGUCUCAAUUUAGGAGCUGCAUCCUUUGCCGGGUGCAUUCGUAGACCGAUCGCGUCACAUGGUGCGACUAGACUGUCCCAAUUGGAAGGCUCCUCCAAAUGUGUCCUUCCCACCGAGCCACCGGGUGGAUCCUUCCCGGCACAACCAAUCCCAGGAUUCAUAGCGCUUCACGGAGCGUUAAUUGUUAACUGUAAUGGUAGGUCAUGGUUGUAUCUGCGGGACAAGCUUAAGACAUCAGUGGUGUAGACCUGGUCCACCACAGGACGUCAGUGUAGACCUGGUCCACCACAGGACGUCAGUGUAGACCUGGUCCACCACAGGACGUCAGUGUAGACCUGGUCCCCCACAGGACGUCAGUGUAGACCUGGUCCACCACAGGACGUCAGUGUAGACCUGGUCCACCACAGGACGUCAGUGUAGACCUGGUCCACCACCGGACGUCAGUGUAGACCUGGUCCACCACCGGACGAUGGGGUAGACCUGGUCCAACACAGGACGUCAGUAUAGACCUGGUCCAACACAGGACGUCAGUGUAGACCUGGUCCAACACAGGACGUCAGUGUAGAACUGGUCCACCACAGGACGUCAGUGUAGAACUGGUCCACCACAGGACGUCAGUGUAGACCUGGUCCACCACAGGACGUCAGUGUAGACCUGGUCCACCACAGGACGUCAGUGUAGACCUGGUCCAACAUAGGACGUCAGUGUAGACCUGGUCCACCACAGGACGUCAGUGUAGACCUGGUCCACCACAGGAUGCAGCUGCUGAAUUGAGACACAGCCAACAACACUCCAACAGGAGAGGCUGCUCCUGAUUGGUCCUAUAAAAUGACGUCUCCUGUCAUUCAAUCAGUAGAGACAAAAAAAAUUGUGUUGAAAAAGAUUUUAAAACUCAAUAGAUAUAAUAAUACUGAAUGCAGUUUUACCUGUGUCUAAGGCACAGGGACUCGGGGAAGGGGUCAAGUCAAUAACAUGUAGUGAUGAGAUAUGAAUUAUACUUUGAUGUGAUAGGGAUGGAGUGUGUCGGUCUGUCUUUACCUGUCUUUGUUGUGCAGGAAUCUUCUGUUGUCCAAACCAACUGCCCCAGCCAAACACUGAAUAGAUGUGUGGAUGUGUUGCAUCAUGGGAACAAGCGCUUUCUGAUUCUGAUCAUUUGGUUAAAUUGUAACUUUGUCUUACAUCACUAAAGUGAACCUGGUGUGUGCGUUG